AAUCCGGGCACUUCCCCCUCCUGGAAACCGCCGUGUGUCACCUCUUUGGUUCCCACCCAAACAAACAAAGCUCAUGGAGCUCUCUCCCCCCUCAGAAACAGCUCCGUGUCCGGCCAGCUGAUCCCGUCAGUUAGCUGGACUUGUUAUCCGAAAAUCAACCUCCUGUUAGCCGGUUGCGAUAUCUGUCUCCAACGGUAUUUAACUGACGGUUUGUAAUUCCAGCCGUUGCGCAACACUAACGUUAACCUAGCUAGCUAGCUGCGAGUCUCCCAACAGCAGCAGGAGAGAUGCCGAGCCGUUUGUCGGUUACAGGCGGUACUUAACAACGGGUUUGACAAGCACGGAUGAGCAAGCACAGCCCCGGUUCGGCUCCUGCUCGGAGAAGAUCAGAUGUUGAAGACAAUCUGUUGAGUCAAGCUAGUAACCAGCACUCUGAGCAGCCGUGUACAUAAACCACUCUCCCCCCUCCUCCCUCCCUCCCUCCUAUUUGCUCUGCUGCGGUCCCAUCCUGUGCUUUUCCACUCUAGUUACUAUGACUGCAAUGCGUGUGGACGCCAAAGUGGUGAUGCUGGGGAAGGAGAGCGUGGGGAAGACCAGCCUGGUGGAGAGAUACGUUCAUCACCGCUUCUUGGUUGGACCGUACCAGAACACUAUCGGUGCUGCUUUUGUUGCCAAACCAAUCCAGGUGGGAGAGAAAGUGAUCACCCUGGGAAUAUGGGACACGGCUGGAUCCGAGCGCUACGAAGCCAUGAGCAGAAUCUACUACAGAGGAGCCCGGGCAGCCAUAGUCUGCUACGACCUGACCGACAGCAGCAGCUUCCAGCGAGCUCGCUUCUGGGUGAAGGAGCUGCAGAACUGCGAAGAACACUGUAAGAUCUACCUGUGUGGCACAAAGAGCGACCUGAUUGGAGGAGACCGGAGCCUGCGGCAAAUCGACUACCACGACACUCAGGACUUUGCUGACGAGAUCGGGGCUCAGCAUUUUGAGACCUCCAGUAAAACGGGAAACAACGUGGAUGAGUUGUUCCAGAGAGUAGCUGAGGAUUACAACAGCACGGCCCUCCAGUUUAUGUCAGCGGAGGAAACGGGCGUGGACUUGGGCCAGAAGAAAGACUCCUAUUUUUACUCCUGUUGCCAUAACAACUGAUGCCGAGCAACAGGAAGGGGAACAGACGCGGUCUCCUUCCCUCGGCCGGAGUAAAAACCCGGAAAUGCUGGACGGACGACCAGAUAACUCUGCUCUGGAGCUGGGAUCCAACUCACAAGAGAAGAAGAAGAAAUCAGUACUGCUUACUGUUCAUACCUUACUAUACAUGUUUAUUACGUUAGUGCCAUAAAGACCACGGAAGAGGAUCUACUGCUGCUGCCACGGUUACUGGGUGGGAGAGGGGUCCAAAACCCUAAACUCUCACCUAGUUAACUUCCUUUUCUUCUGAGCUGGACCCUGGGAGUACACAUGUCUCUGAAGCUGUUACAAAGAGGGAUCCCGCAGAACCUGGACUGGGAGAAAACCUGAUAGUUGUAGCGAGGGCAGUGCUUCAGGACGGUGGAUGCUUUGUUUACAGCGGUUGGUUUUGUUUACGUAUUUAGCCUUGCUGUGGAAAGCCGUCUGUUAGACCUGCACAUCUGCAAUGAUGCAAAUGUUGGGGGGAGCCAACUACGAUAUAAAAA